AGUGUGGUCCGGUUGCUAAGCUGCAGCAGAGCAGUCAGAGCCGUCAACAAGUUUUAUCUGCAGCUUUUCUGCUCAAAAUCCGCCGUUUCACACUUAAAAAUACACUUUUACGACCCCUCCGAUGGUAGACAACACUCGAAACUCACAGGUGGAGAGUCCAGACUGAAGCACAGGUCUGUGUUUCUUCAGACCGACCCUGAUGCUCUAACCUCUGUCCAGUCUGUGAUUCAAAAUGGCCGCUGUCGGCUCCACCAAGAUCUCAUGGAGAUUGCAGGAGUUCGAGGCUCACACCAGCCGUGUGUCCUGUCUGUCUCUGGGAAAGAGCUCAGGGCGCCUGCUGGCCACUGGAGGAGAGGACUGCAGGGUCAACAUCUGGGCAGUCAGCAAGGCCAACUGCAUCAUGAGUCUGACUGGAAGUAAGAGUCCAGUGGAGUGUCUGCAGCUGAACGCCUCAGAGGAGCAGGUUGUGGCCGGGUCUCAGUCUGGAUCCAUCAAGAUCUGGGACUUGGAGGCUGCCAAAAUUUUACGCACUUUAAUGGGGCACAAAGCAAACAUCACGAGUCUAGGCUGUCACCCUUUGUCCGAAAACUUCCUGGCCUCAAGUUCUAUGGACACUAAUAUUAAGCUGUGGGAUGUCCGAAGGAAAGGGUACAUUUUGAGAUAUCAGGGUCACACAGAUGCAGUGAGGAGCCUGGCCUUUAGUCCUGAUGGGAAGUGGUUGGCUUCAGCGAGUGACGAUUGCACUGUGAAGCUGUGGGACCUGGGAGCAGGCAAAGCCAUCACUGAGUUCAAGGCUCACUCUGGAGCUGUUAACAUCGUCAAGUUUCAUCCAAAUGAGUAUUUGCUGGCCUCAGGCAGCGCAGACAGGACAAUAAAGCUCUGGGACCUGGAGAAGUUCUCGAUGGUUGGCUCGUUGGAGGGAGACACCAGUGCGGUCAGGUGUGUGUUCUUCAGUCCGGACGGGGCUUGUCUCUAUAGUGGCUCCUCUGACACUCUCAGGGUUUUCGGGUGGGAGCCAGAUCGCUGCUUCGACGUGGUGUCUGUGGGCUGGGGCAAAGUGUCCGAUCUCUCCAUCUGUAACCAACAACUGAUCGGAGCAUCCCAUCAGCUCUCCACUGUCUCCACGUUCGUUGUGGAUCUAAAGAGAGUAAAGAACAGCGGCGGAGCUGUGAUCCAGGGAAUCAUCCAGGACGACCAGCCACUGUCCGCCCCAAGCGAACCCAAAGGAGGAGUGCUGAGACGCAGCUACGAGAGGCCCACCACCUCCUGUACUACCCAGAGGGUGAAGAAGAACUCAGAGGGGGACAGACACAGUCCAGAGGGAGAGCGGUGCAGUCCCAGUGAAGAUGAAGGAGACGAGAAACUGUCUUCAGCCGAAAUCCACAAUGCAGAUGACUACAAGGAGAUCUUCCAGCCCAAAAAUGCCAUCUCUCGAACUCCUCCAAAGUUUUCUGAACCUUUUCCUGCUCCACCUGAAGAUGAAACUGUUCUGGGGAUAAGUUGCAAAAUGAAACACAUCGCUCCAUUUUCUGAAAAGCAACAAGUUCCUCCAAUCGCUCAGUCCACUCCAGUGCAGCGAGUGGAGCCCACAGUAGUGUCGUGGACAAAGCGCUCCCCUCCUCCAGCUGAUCCCCCCACGGCCUGGCCCCCUUCUCCACCUGUCGCCUCUGCACCUGUCGCCUCUGCACCUGUCGCCUCUGCUCCUGUCACCUCUGCUCCUGUUCCCUCAGCACCUGUCACAAUACCUGCUCCAGGUGUCACCAAAACCAGACCUCACCCUCCUCCACAGCACCACCCACCCAAAAUCAUCCUCAGCUCCAGGAACGAACCCAUUGGACUCAACGUGGCUGACUUUCUGCCUGCCUCUGCCAAUAACCGUCCUGGGGGCCUGAGUGAGGAGGAGGCUCUGUCUCAGAUAAAGAAAGGUCACGACACCAUGUGCGUGAUGCUCAGCAGCCGACAUAAGAACCUGGAGACGGUGAGAGGCGUCUGGGCCAGAGAAGACAUUAAGAGAGCUCUGGACACAGCUGUUUCUAUGAACGACUUGGCUAUUGUCGUGGACAUCCUCAACAUUAUCAACCUGCAGCCGGCAAUUUGGAAGCUGGAUUUAUGCAUGACUGUUCUUCCUCAAAUCGACAAACUACUGCAGAGCAAAUAUGAAAGUUACAUGCAGACUGGCUGCACGUCCCUAAAGCUCGUCAUGAGGCACUUCUGGUCCCUGAUCUCAGACACGCUAAAGGCCACUCCGUCAGUUGGAGUCGACAUCACACGAGAGGAGAGACACCAGAAGUGCCGUGUGUGUUGUAAGCAGCUAAAGAACCUCAGUAACAUUGUCAAAAACAAGUCUUCGUACGUUGGUCGCCAUGGCAGCGUCUUUAAAGAGCUGCAGCUCCUGAUGGCUCCUCUCGAUGACGCACUUUGAGACGACUGAAAAAUGAAACUAAAACUGGAGUAAAAGAAAAAUAUCUAUGAAAUAACAACUGGAGAUUCAGGCUCUUCCAGAAGUUUGGUUGUGGAAGCUAAAGACAAUUUAUGUGGACCACCUUUUUUUCCAUUUUGAUCACUGUGAUUUGUGCCUGCUACGGUCAGCUGAAGACGGAUUUUAAAACAAAAGCCUUAGAAAGGCUUGUAUGUAUGGAGUGUGAAGAAUGUUAAAUCUUAUUUUGAAAUGCAUUCCCACUAAUGUUGCACUUAUGAAGUUUGGUUCUAGUUAUGUAAACUAUUAAAAUUCCAUCAAACUGACUACACCAGUUGGUAAUAUUUCAUAAUAACAUUGCAUCUUUGUACAAUUAUUAAGUGCUACUUCUAGCAGAUAUUAAGAAUUGCCUAAAUGCCUACUGAUAUGCAUCACUAUGAGAAGUAAAAUUAUAUUCAAAGUGUGUGCUUGCCAUUCCAUAGAGAGGUUAUUGCUUUGCCUGGAAUGUUCCACAGUAUGGCAUUAAAAAAAAAAAAAAACGUGUGACCUUUGCCUGGGGGGUUCACUUGCUUGUAGAUAAGUUUAAUGCCAUACUGUGGAACAUUCUUGGCAAAGCAGUAACAUCUCCACAGACAUGCAGGUAGAAACCCUCCAUCAGAAAUGUUACACAGUGCAACCUCCAGUGUCAAAAUAUCACAGUUGAAAAUUUGCAGCUGAUGUCAUCAACAUUGCCUGGGGGGGUGAAGCUAGCUUGAUGCACUGUUCUAUCUGAAGCUCUGUUAAUCAACUUAGGUCUAUACAGUCCGAUUAAAGUCUAACUUAGCUGGAACUACAACAGCUGAACUGAUUUAUGCUUCCAAACAAGUCCCUCUCAAAUAACAUUACAGCUUUGGCAUUAGCCAACAGUUUUUCAGUGAGUUACUCUGACCUUUUUGUUGAAAAUCAAACAUCCAAUCAAAAUCACCUAAACAGGACCAUGAAUGUUUUCAAACAAUUAAAAAAUUUAUCAGGCAGUGUUUGCUGAAGUGGGUGUUGUGUCACCAUCGUAACUGCUGAAUAGUUCUCCAUAGACAUGCAUGCAGAACACCGCCAGCGUGAUGUCACUACAACGUAUCAUUUUAUUUGUAGCCUUAAAUAGCUUUACACUUACUUGUACAAUGCAGUUGUUUUAAAAGUCGCAAUCCUAAUGCAACCACCCAACUCAAUUGUAAAUGAACUGAAAUGAAAGAGGAAGUGCCUAAUUUUAACCAAAUAUCCACCUGGAGACAUGUGAGUGUUUAUCUUCUUGAGUGGGCCAAUGCUGCUGAUUGUGAAGCAAUGGUACAAGUUAAAGUAUGGUAAAAGAAGUGUGUUCCAAUGUCCUUUUCUACAUUUUCUGAAUUGUAAAGGCACUAUUUUAACAAAAUGUUCAUAAUGUUCAUGUAAAUAAAUGUAAAAUGUUGGGAUUAAAAACCAGGAGUUACAAUUUUGUGAUUUUUACCUUUGAAAUAACAGUAAACUACUGGCAUGGUGGAUUAAGUACUGUAGCAAUACUUUCAGAACUGUUCAUAGUUUGUGCUGGUGUCACCAUCUCUGAACCUAUUUGUACUUCAUUGUACUCUCAAGCCACGUUACAUCAGGAGGGAACAAACUUUUUUUUCACUGAGGGACACAUUUUAAAACAUUCCCAACAAAGGGCCACUGACCAGGUUUUCAAUACAGUGGAUUACUCAAAUGGAUACAUUUAACAUGUUUGGACAGACCCGCUUGGGCCAUGAGGCCUGCCCUGAAGACCAACAGAACUUAAUCUGAGGGCCACAUUUGACCCCUGGACCCCUGGACCCCUGUUGUUUCAGUAAUACAGAUUUUUUUAAAGUAGAAAUUUCAGGAUGU